UUGAACAUUGGUGGUGAGAAGCACCGCAUGCCUUGGUCCAUCAUUAACAAGUACCCCAGGUCGAGGUUGGGCAAGUUGAGUCAGGCCACAACUCACGAAGAAAUCAAAGAACUCUGCGAUGAUUAUGGCCUGACGAUCGCCGCUCCACUCGCUGCAACAACAAUUCCUGAAUUCUUUUUCGAUCGUCAUCCGAGAGCGUUCGCAUCCAUAUUGAACUUCUAUAAAACUGGAAAGCUGCAAUUCGUUGGCGAGGUGUGUGUGUUAUCAUUUUGUGACGACCUUGAUUACUGGGGUAUGGACGAAUUGCAUUUGGAACCAUGCUGCCAACACGUCUACCACAGAUGCAAGGAACAGGUGUACGACGAGAUGAGAAAGGACGAAAAAAGUUUGGUGCUGCCAGAACUUGAAAUAUUUGUUGGCGAUGGGAAAGUUGUGAGGCUGAGGCAGAAGUUGUGGGACCUGCUGGAAAAACCACAAACAUCUCGAGCCUCUAGGGUCGUAGCCAUAGUAUCAGUGGCUUUCAUCGUUCUUUCGACCGUGUCCUUGACCUUGAAUAGCCUGCCCAUUCUACACGAGGUUGACCAGGAUGGUCAUUUGAUCGACAACAAAUAUUUGGCCGGUAUCGAAGCUGCUUGCAUUUGCUGGUUCACUUUGGAAUAUCUAUUGAGACUCUGGGCCUGUCCAAACAAAAUAAAAUUUUUCAAGGGAGCAUUAAACGCCAUCGAUUUAAUUGCAAUCUUGCCCUAUUACGUUUCACUGUGUCUCGUAGAAUCAAACCACAGCACGUCUCAAAUACAAAAUGUUCGAAGAGUUGUACAACUUUUUCGUAUCAUGAGAAUAUUACGUAUCUUAAAAUUAGCUAGACAUUCGACAGGAUUACAAUCUUUAGGCUACACACUACACAGAAGUUACAAAGAGUUAGGUCUGUUGAUGACCUUCCUAGCAAUUGGUAUCCUAAUAUUCUCCAGCCUCGCUUAUUUUGCAGAAAAAGAAGAAAAUGGAGCCAUGUUUUCCAGCAUUCCAGAAACGUUUUGGUGGGCUGCAAUUACUAUGACCACGGUCGGUUAUGGAGACAUGUAUCCAAAAACGAUAUGGGGCAAGUUGGUGGGAAGUGUCUGUUGCAUCUGCGGUGUGCUUGUUAUCGCCUUGCCAAUUCCGAUCAUCGUUAACAACUUUUCCGAUUUUUAUCAGGACCAACUGAGGCGAGAGAAAGCUGUCAAAAGAAGAGAUGCUCUCGAGAGAGCUCGAGUAACGGGUAGCAUCGUUUCCUUGCAGGACAUCAAGGAUCCGGUCCCACGAAACAUGUCAUGCCUGGAUAUGGUCUUGGCUCAGGCAGCCACAGACACGACCAGAGCAAUAGGUCUUCUAGCGGCAAAAGAUCCAGCUCAUACGUUACGAUUGUUCAAUCAAAGAAUGUCGGCCACCGGUCCGACUUUUCCAAGCAAUAAAAAUUCCUCGAAUGUUGUUGACGAAUCGCACAGUGGUAGGAGCAUAGCAACGGCAAAUAUCCACGGCAUCAUACCGACUGAUGUCGUCGUUAUCAACGCGUCGCCCGAGUCGAUACACAGCAUCGAUUUAUGAAGGACAGCACGUUCGUCUGCCUAGUUUUGCAAUUUUUUUCGUUUGCGCUACUUUUAUCAUUUUGAUCAUUGCAACAGAUGUUUUGUGAACUUAUUUAUUUCUUACGCCGAUAGUAUCGUAAUAUUUUUUUUAGUUUACUUGAAUAUUAUUUAUUUCGUUUGUAAUUUUUCAUUGUUUUCAAUUCUGAAAAUUGUAAAAAAAAAAUUUGUUUUACAUAAAAA